UAUCCAUUGCAUAUGUGCUCUGUGCAUAUGCCUUCUAAGGGUUUGAGAUACAAACACAAAAAUAUUUUAAUUUUUUAUUUUUAAGGAGUUUAUAUUCUGCUGGGAAUAUAAAACUUAAAGUAGGGAGAUUGAGAGCCCUAAGCUGCCUUUGAUGAAGUGAAGUUCCCUGGUCCAGGUGAGCUUCAUUUUUGAAUGCUAAAGGAAGUGUAAAGAAUUGUAAGAGUGGAUUAAGAGUGGAUUACUGAAACACUGUGAGUUUUAUUUAAAAGAUUAUUGAUACAGAAGGGCAACACUGGAGAAGGGCAAAAGUUCCAAUUUUAAAAAACAGAAAUGAAAGAAUAUACAAACAUCAGUACUAAAUAUGUAUAUUAUCAGUAUAUCAUCAAUACUAUAAAUAUGUAUGCACCAAAGGGCAUAGUAUCUAUUUAAAGAAAAAUCACAGAAAUAAAUAAUAAAACCUGAAUAGCUGGGGACUCAUAUACCUUUUAGGAUCCUGACAGAUUUAAUUAAAAGAAUAAAUUAAAAACCUGAAUAAAAGUUUUUUUUUAAAUUAUCAUAGAUCUAUAGUGACUACUAAAUGGGAAUAGAAAGUACUGUACCUAGUUUUAAGCAUUUAAUAAUACAUUUACCAAAAAAAAAAAAAAAACAUGAAUUUGUUUUAAGGCAUACCAAACCCUCAAAUUAAGAAAAACAUUAAAUACAUCUUUUAUUGACUGUAAUGUAAUAAGUGCCAUAAGAUUAAUUGGAUUCUAUAUAAUUAGCCUAAAGAAUAGGUGGUUCAAAAAUGUAAAAACAGAUAAUUUGAUCAAAGAAAAUUCAACAAAUAAGCAACAUAUCAACAUUGUUUUGGAUUUAACUAUUGUUUAUCCUUCAUUUUUGAAAAGGACCAUUGACAUCACAAGUGAUAUCUUGACUCUCAUCUGAAUUGGAUUUAAGAGAAGUAUAAAGUCAUCAGCCUCAGUUUUCCAGAAUCUUCAAAGUCCACUGUCAAGACAAAAGUUAAGCUGGACAUUUAUUACUUUGGAUUCUAAAAUAAUGUCAGCAUGGCAAGGUUUCGAAGAAGAACGUGCAUCAUUUUGUCACUUUUUAUUUUGUUUAUUUGCUCCCUGAUGAUGGCUUUGAAAACUUUGAGACCUGAUAGAGCUGUUUUUGGGGAUCCAUUUGGACUUGACCUUCUACCAGAACUUCGCCAACGCAAAGUCCACUUAGAAACUAAACCUGACAUGUCAAAUGGUGCCAGGGAUGAUAGCAUAACACACAGCAAGAAUAUAAAGAGUGUUGCUGCCAAUAACCUAAAAAUUCCAGUGGUUCCUGAGAUAAACAUGGAAGAGUUUCCGUCCCCUAACUAUAAUUUUCAUGUGUUUUACUAUACGUGGUAUGGAAAUCCACAAUUUGAUGGUAAAUAUUUACAUUGGAAUCAUCCCAUCUUGCCACAUUGGGAUCCUAAAAUUGCUAAAAAUUAUCCAGAGGGCAUCCACAUUCCUCCAGAUGACAUUGGGUCCAACUUUUACCCUGAGUUGGGAACUUACAGCUCCAGAGACCCUAACAUCAUAGAGACUCAUAUGAGACAAAUGCGCUCGGCUUCAAUUGGUGUGAUAGCCCUGUCUUGGUACCCACGUAAUUUAUCUGAUGAUAAUGGGGAAUCUACUGAUGAAUUGGUGCCUACUAUUUUGGAUAAUGCUCAUAAAUAUAAUCUGAAGGUCGCUUUCCACAUUGAACCAUAUAAGAAUCGAGAUGAUCAUAGUAUGCACAAAAAUAUCAAGUACAUUAUUGAAAAAUAUGGAAGCCAUCCAGCUUUUUACAGAUAUAAGUCCAACACUGGCAGAAUUUUGCCCAUGUUUUAUGUAUAUGAUUCCUAUUUCACAGAGCCAGAAACCUGGGCCAAUCUUUUAACUGCCUCAGGACCCCUGAGUAUUCGUAACACUCCCUAUGAUGGAUUGUUUAUUGCUCUUCUUGUAGAAGAAAGACACAAACAGGAAAUCCAAAGAAGUGGUUUUGAUGGAAUUUACACAUACUUUGCCACAAAUGGCUUUUCUUAUGGCUCAUCACAUCACAACUGGGCAGGUCUAAAAGCCUUUUGUGACAGCAACAGCUUACUUUUUAUCCCAAGUGUGGGACCAGGAUAUAUAGAUACCAACAUCCGACCCUGGAACAAUCACAAUACUCGGAACCGCGUCAAUGGGAAGUACUAUGAAACUGCUUUCAGUGCUGCACUUCAGGUACGACCUGAUGCCAUUUCCAUUACCUCCUUUAAUGAGUGGCACGAAGGGACUCAGAUUGAAAAAGCAGUUCCCAAGAGAACUGAACACUUAGUUUACCUUGAUUACCAACCUCACAAGCCAGGUAUUUAUCUGGAACUCACCCGUAAAUGGUCUGAAAAAUACAAUAAGGAAAAGGAACAGUGGCUUAUGUGAAGUGAAUCCAGUGGACAUUUUAAUAUAUUUAGUCCAAAGUGUACUCAUAAUUACAACACUUUGAUGUAUGUGAUUGUAUUUUGUUAGGUGUGCAGAAGAAAUCUUUAAGUCAAUAUGCAUUAUUCUUGUAUCUUUAUUAGAAUAAAUAUAGACUUUUGUAAAGAAGAAAUGUCAAUAUUGUCAAAGUCAGCUUCUUGGGGGUUGUAUUUUGAAAGUAUUUGAAAAGGAAACUGCAAGUUUUUGUAUUCUGUAAAUCAGAUUUAACUAACCUCCUUAAGAUAAUUUGUGAAAUAUCUAUGUACAGUAUUAGCAUAGUUUAUAUCAUUUAUGACUGAAAUUGAAAUUCAGCAUUUAUGACAACUUAAUGUUUUUUUGUAGCCCAUUGUGCAGAAAGUAAUUAGCAUCUAAUUAGAGGCUACUUGCUUUCUGGACACAAAAACCAGUUUUGCUUUGUCUGUGGUAGAAAUCACUGUGGUAAAAAAGCAAGGUACUUAAAAGAAUUGCUAAUGCAUGUGUUUCUUUCUUUAGUUUUGAAAGCCAUUUUCCUCCAGUAACUCAGCUAGCUAACUUCAUGUUUUCUUAAGAAAUGAGGCUAUUGAUUACUAGAAACCAAAAGUAACAAAAAAUCUCUGUAAGACACAAUGUACACGCAGUCUCUGCCUUAAGUUAGCAUUAUUAAAUCAUUGUUAAAGAUAAAGGGCCUUCUAUGCAAAGCUCAAUGUAUACUGUCAUUUUGCUGUUUUCUAAGUACCUAUGCUAUGCAAAUUAUAAAUGCCUUCUCUGUGUCAGAAGAAGUUUUAUUUUGAAUCUUUUACUAUCCUGAAUUUUAGAGAUAAAAUGAUUAGUAAAAUACAAUUUGCAAGUUCUUCUCUAUCAUAUAUACCUAUCUAUGUAUAUUUAUACGUGUGUGCAUAUAUAUUAUUUUUAAAGAAAUUCGGUGCAAAAAAAAUCAUUUCCCCCUAAACUAUGAUAGCUAUCACAUUUUAUUAUUACUGUUCCUUAAGUUUAUCAAAAAAAUGAUUAUCAUUGGAUUGAAUUCAGCAAUGAGAUUUUAAAUUAAUCUGAUUGCAAGAUUUCUUUUUCCCCCCACAUAGCUAAUUGAUGUAAAACUUGAGUAUAGCUUAUAGUCAAUAUUUAUAUAUUAUUUUAUUGUCAAUACUAAUUUGAAAGGUUUAGUCUUUUUUAGGAAAUGACCUAUACAGAUUAAUAUGAUACUGUAUAAAAUUAUUUAAGUGUAUAGAGAAAAACUGAAUGAAAAAUUUAGGUUAAUUUUAUUCUUAUAAUUUUACUUUUACCCAAGUGUGGUUUAUUAUGGUGAGAACAAGAACAGUGUUAAUUCUUUCAAUAUAUUGAAAUAUAUCUGAAAUUUAGUGCUUGGCACUUUCAUAGCAUCUUUAAUCUGAGAAUUAAAAUAUCUAAACAUGGAGAUCAAUGGUCAUUAAAAGUAAAUGUUGGCUACUUAAGAGUAAUCUCUUAGAAUCACUCAUAGAAUUUAAAUUUAUCUAUUAAUUUACUACCAAAACCAGGAUUUUGAAAUGCAACCUUAAACAAGUACUGUAAAUAUAAACUUGAAAUCCCAGUAAGUAAAAUGUACUGAAUCCACGAUUACAGCAAUAGUUAAAGUUAAAGAUAGACUCUCUUCUAGGAGUGAAGAGAUAAGAAUAAAAUAUACAAUAAAUAUUAGGUCAUCUAGAGUAUCAAUAUUUGUCUUUGCAAAGGAGUCAGAAAUUCCCUUUCAGACACAAAAGUAAAUGCAUCAUGACCCUCAUUAUAGCUUGUCCUUGAUUUAUUUGGACAUGGGGAGCAGGUGGUAAUGAUUGAGAGGUUAUCACAGGUAAUUGAAAAAUCAACAAUAGUGUAGUCUAGCUUAAUCAUUUUUACAUGUCCUUUGAUAUAUAGGGAUGUAUCCAGUGCCUUCAUCACAUCUAAAAAAAAAAAAAAAGACAGGAAUAAAUUACAAGAACACAGUAUUUGUAUCAGUAAUAACAAUAGCUGAUACUCUUUUAAACUUUACAGUUUGCAAAGCACUUUAUAUAAAUUGUGCAUUGUAUCCUCACAAAGUCAUAUGAAGUAGGUAGUACAAAUGUUAUUAUCCCCAUUUAAGGAGCUAUAGCAUUUUCUCCUUCCACAUCUAAGACUUCUUUCACUAUAAAUUCCACUUAACCAAAACAUUCAAUUAAAUUACUUUGUGAAUUCCAUCUUUAGGAGAAAGAACUGACUCCAGUCCUCUGCCUCCAAAAAAGCUAUCCCAAAUUCAAUUUGAGUAUUAUGGAUAUUGUUUUUUAAAAGUUACUUUUAGGUUAUCAGUACAGUUUUAAUUUAUCUUUAUAUUCUUUUUACAACUACAAGGCCAUGUUCUAAUAUAUAGUCAGUUAUAUAGUCUAUUUUCAACUAUCAAAGGGAUAUCAUUCGUGUAAACAAUAUGAAAGUCAAAAACACAAAUGAGAAAUGGGAGAUUAGUUUCUCACAACCACCAAUAACUGUAAUAUUUCAUUUGAGAUUGCUGAAAAUACAUUUUUGCAUACAAUUAUAACAAAGCAUUAAUUCUAAUAAAUAUGCACUCACUUUUCAUAAUAUAACUAUGAAAAUAACUCAUAAAAUGAGGAGCACAAAAUAAAAUUGGUAACAUACAAGACAUUUCUAGUAGAAAUUCCCCAAAAAUACUGUGAUCUUUUGUGGUUAUAUUUGAAUUUUUUUUAAAUUGAUUUCAGAUAGUAUUCACUUCUCAUAACAUGCAAAUGCUGUAACACAAACACAGUUCUUAAAACUAAAACUUUUUUUUUUACCUGAAGCUUACCUUUCACUGUAUUAGAUGGUAGUGUAAGGAUAUUGUAUUCUUUUUAUAGCUAUAAUGAAUCAGUAAUUCUUUAAUACCAAACUCACGGCCAACAUUCCAGCACAAAGUUUAUCUAACAUUUUUUUUUGUCUCCUCCACCUCCCCCCAACUACGAGCAUCACUGACUGCACUCUUGGUCUUUAGAGCCCCAUGGAUUUGUUCUACUCUUUAGGGACAAAAUUGCACAUAAAUGUUUGAAGUUGUGAAAAUUAAACUCAUGAAUGUGGAGAAUUGACUAUUUAAUCUUAAGGUUUCUCAGUCAACAAAGUUUCAGAAUUUUUGAUUUAUUUUUCUUACUAAGGGAGAAUUAGUGAAUGAAUGUAUGUGUGUUGUGUGUAUGCUCUUGGCUUUGUGUAUAAUACAAAUAUGUAUUUCAUAUUUGGAAGAAGACUUAACUCUUUCCCAUUGCAGCUUUGUAUCAUAUCAGUUAGGUUUCACGGUAGCCAGUACAAGAUUUUUCACACUUUUUAAAAUUAUGGAAUGUUUAUUUUUACUGCAAUAUUUCCAGAGAUACAUAACUUCAUCAUGAUUGGUGGGUCCUAUUCCAAAAAAAAUCGCAGCCAUAUUCUAAAACUUGGAAGUUAAGGCAUCUUGUGAUGAUUGAAAAUCCCAUUACCCUGUGACCAGUCUGGUGACAUCUUCUAUUUUUGAAGCCCUCCCAAUUUAGAAAGAUCCACCACACUUUGUCCUUCAUUAAUAAAAUCUUCAUACCAUGACAAAACCUGGGGAUAAAUAGGACUUUAUAUUCUUAAAACCUUGUUAAAGAGGUUGAAUUUUAGUAGUAAAAAUAGUAAAUAACACUUAAUAAUCUACAGAAAGAUCAUUCUGAAAUAACAAAUACAUUUUGUAUUCAUAAAGUAGGAUUGAAGGCAAAGUUCUUAGUUAUUGUAUAUUUUAUCUCUUUAUAUUCUUUGAGUCAUAAUAACACAAAUGUAAUAAAUUAUUUUGAUUAUAUACAGUAAUAAGUAUCCUUUUCACUCUAUGAUGUUGUUCUUGGUUGCACUUGUGAAAAAGGCACUACUGUAAGGAAAAUAACUUGGAGAGAGUAGCAGGUAAAAGACCUCCAUCCAGAAAUUAUAGCCUUACUUAAAGUAAGUGGAGGGCAGAAGCAGGGAAACACAAGUAAUUCUACAUGCUAAAAAGAAAAAAAAGUCUAAAACCUUAUAUCACUUUACAUACUAUAAUUCCAUGCUAAGCAGUGGGUUCAAAGCACCAGGUAGAACAGGGUUUUUCAAAUUCCUUAGUCACAGAUAACUUUUGUAUUUCAGUAGAAUAAAUCCUGGUUUGUUUUUUAAGCAUCAUUUAAAAAACACCUAACUAAAAUCAUGUCUUGACUAUGUAAGAGCUACACUGAAUCAUAUAAUUUCAGUCGUGAAAGGGACCUGUUUCUUUCCUUUUAUUUUAUAGAUGAUAAAACAAUGUGUCUUAUUCAAGGUCAGGUAGGUAAUUAGUAGCAGAGGCUAUAUUAGACCCAGGUUUUCCUAAUACUUAAGGCAAUGCUUUUUCCACAGUGCCACUGCAGUCUUUUAAAUUCUUAUUGAGUGUCCAUAUUAUUCACUUUAACUAACACAUCUUCAUUGCCUUUAUUCUCCAAAUGUACACCUUUCAUUUUUACUGGGGUAUAUAGUUGUCAUAUUACACUUAGAUUAAGGCUACCUCUAUAUUUUCUUAGUAUUCGCUAAGAUUUCUAUUGAUAAGCUAAUGAGAAAUGAGGAAGAAUAUUUUCUAGUAAGCCGUUUACCUAAAAUAAUUCUAAUAUCUUUGUUUUCUAAAAAUAAUUAGAACUGUUCAGGAAAUAAGUCAAAUCAAAAUUUUAUUUUGAACUUACAAAGGAUUCUUUCUUAUGAAAGUUUGGGCUUUAAAACAGGAAUAGUUAAAUACUAAAAUAUGUUUAUAGAAAAAAUGUAAAUUAUCUAGAGGUGACAAGGUAAUGUUAGUUCUCUCCUAAAAAGAAAUUAAGUUUACUUUGAGGCCUCUUAAGAGAAAAUAACACCCUUUGAGAGAAAGAUUAUUUCAUUAAAUAACAAAAGUAAAAUUCAUUUUUAAGUGAUACACUAAAAUAAAACAGUACUGUAGUUUUGUAAUCUUGAAAGUGUACCGGAUUAUUUUAAUGUAAACUUGUUUGUAGUCUGAGAAUUUGCCAUUUUCCUAAAGAUAAAUAGGCCUUAUUAAAUCAUUACUGUUCACAAUCUCAUUGGGACCCAAUUGUCACCAUGCUGAUGACUAAAUAUUCUUAAUAGAGUCAAGCAAAUGAGUAUUUCAUUGUCUUUCUCCUCCUCCAGAAAAAUAAAAUUCUUAUGAUGAAUUUAGAGCUAGAAGGAAUAUUAGAGACCAUCUAAGCUAAUCCUCCAUUUUAUAGAUGAGCAAACUGAAGCCAGGAGAGAAUAAAUGAUUUACCCAAGGUCACACAGUAGGUAAUAAGUGACAGAAAGAUGAUUUGAAUCCAGGUCCUCUUAUUCAUAGCCAGUGUUUUUUCCAUUGUGUCAUGUCAUUUCUAUCAAAUCAAUAGAUUAAGUAAAUAUCAUAAGCAGCUGGAGGGAUAACAUCCUGCCAUGUUCUUUCAAUUAGCAAAUAUUUUUCAAGCUCCUCCUAGGUGAGAGCCCUGUUCUAGAUUCUGUGUGAAACAUACAGAAUAAAUCUUAACUGUAGUACCAAGUAGAAUAUAAGAGAAUUACAAAGUGUUGUGGAAGCUGAAGAGAAGGAGAUAAUUUCCAUCUGCAAAAUGUAGUCUGGUUAUAUCUAUUAAUCUUUCAUUGGAUUUAUUAAAAUAGCUACUACCAAUAUUGAUCAUUGCUGAAAUAAUUAUUGGAACUCUGACAAAUAACAAUUGUUUUAUGAUAUUCUCUGAGCUUUAAUGAAAGUUAUUCUUCAAGGGAACCAGUGAUUGGUCUCUGAAUUGAUACUAGUUUAAUAAUUUCUAUUUCCCUUGAAAUCAGCAUCUAAUCUUCUUAGAGGUUUUAAAGAAUAUUUUCUAUCUCUCAGGUUCUUUUUUCAGCAUGCUUUUCAAACAACAUAGUUUUAAGAUUUCUUGUAUAACAGGGAAUAGAAUAAAGAAAUUUACUUAAUUAAUUUAAAUUCAGAUUAGCUUUUAAUGCAAAAUAGUAGAUUAACAUAAUUAUUAAUCUAGCACAUAAGCUGUGAUAGCACCCAUAAGUAAUUGUUUAUGUUUUUAAUAUGUGAGUUUUCUACUAUAAAUAAUUUGCUGCUAUAGCAAACCAUGCUUACUAAGUUUCUUUAAGAUAAUUUUGGAAUAUACUAUAACCACUUAACUUCUUUAAAACAGAGCUUUAAAAAACAUUUGAUGUGAAAGUGUAAUGUGAAUUUCAAUGUAUAUAUGAAUUAGUUUCUCAUAUAAAUUUGUUAUCUUACUAACAAUGCAGUGCAAAGGUAUUUUACUUAUGAGAUAUAUGGGAUCCUAUUUUUAAUAUACAAGUUUCUUCUUGACUUGUGAUUAGUGACUAAAGAGUCACAUCAGCUACCUUUUAAUAUACUCUCCUAACCUAAAUAUGCAAAUAUUUACAACCAUAACAAGUUUCACUAUGCAUCACAUGAUUUUUUUUUGAGGAAAAAAAUAUUUAACAUCGGUGGCUUAAAAAAAAAAGUCUGUUGAUAAGCUUUAUCAGUACAUUAUAUCUGAAGUUUUUUCAGAACUUGACAUUCCGCAGUAAGCUCACUUGUAAUAAACCAUUUUAAAAGACAAGCAAAUCCUUUACCAUGCACUUUAAUUGACUAGUCCAGUCCAUUCCUCUAAGCAUAUAUAAUGGUCCUUAUUCCUAUAGAACUUAUAAACACAUUUUUGCACUGAUGAUUUUACUUCAAAAUCUCAAUUCAGAUUAUGUUAGAAGAGUAAUGUAUCAAUUUAAAUAAGCACAUUUCUGUCAUUUUCCCCAGUAGUUAUAAUACUAAAUUGAAAAAAAUUGCUUUCUAACCUAAGAUCAUCUAGGUAUCAGUAACUCUGCAUUAAAAAAAUGUGAUAAAAAAUAAUAAGGAAUAUAUAUAUUUUUAUGUAACAUCACCUAAAUGUUAUGGAAUUUAAAAUUUGCCUAGUGUUCUUGUAAUUUUUGGUGUGACUUUGCCUUAAUUGCUUUGGUGAGUUAUUCUUCUUUAAAGAAAAAGAAACCUAUUUGUACUGUUGAUGUACUCUAGCUUUCAAGGAACAGUGUUUGCUAGGGUUCAGGACUGAAAACAUUAAAUAUUUUAUUUAGUCUCAACAGUAUUACUUGAAAAUAAGGUGUUGAUGACUAAUAUUUUUUAAGGGCUAAAAAUUAAGUAGUCUUUGCAACUAAAGCUUACUGAAAUCAAAUAAAACUAGUAUAUUUUCAACUUAUAUGAUCCAUUUUUAUGUUUAAUACUAUUUUAGAUAUUUAAUUCUUGUUUGAGGAAAUUGGAAUCUAAAAUCUAUUGAGAAGUGGUCACACUGAAAUAUUUACAUUGGUGUAUAUUGUAGAUGAUUACAAAGGUACGUAGGAUGUACCAUUGUCAAAAUGGAGGGAGAGAGUCACUUAGAAUUUUCAUAUAAUAUUUGUUACUACAUGUGCUGGUUAUUUCUUUCUUUAAGGAAGAAUAGGUUAGAAAUGCUUUUGCCUUAACUUAAAGGCUUUCAAAACUUCUAGAAGAUAGAAAACAGGAAAACUGUGGCCUUCAAAAUAAGUAGGAAUCAUAGAUUUAAAGGUGGAAAGAACCUCACAGUCCUUCUAGGAAUGAGGAAAAUGAGGAAACUAAGGUAAAUAGUAGCACCAGAAUUGAACUUGGAUUCCUCUGACCCCCUAUGUAGUUUUCUUUACAUUAUGCUCCCUAUAACAUUAGGAGCACAGCAGUUUUAAUUAUUCCCUAUAAAUGAAAAUAUUUAAUAUUUCAGAGUUAAAUUCUGAUUAUAAUUAGACCAUUACAUUAUUAUGUUGAGUGAAUUAUCAUCUGUAAUAAAAGUUUUUCUUCAUAUUUUUGAGGUAGCCAGUGCAAAAGAGAGAUUCCAGAAUUUAGAUGGAAACAGAUUAUAUUUAUGCAGUUACAUUCCAGAAAACAUAUUUCUUUGAGUUUCACUCUACCACUAAAAUAAGUGACACUGAUAAUAUGGAAUAUUCCUAUGUUUAAGUAUUUAUUAUAAGGCAAUGUUAUAUUAUGCAUGUCUCAGAAAAUUUUAAAAUGGAAAAAUAAACACAAACCCGGGAGUUUGAAAUUGUAAGAUUGAUAUUUUCCAGUAUAUUUUAUUUGUUAUAUAAUUAUUGAACAAAUGGAGUUUUGUUCUUUAUGCUUGCCUUUGCUAAAUUAAAAGAGAUCUCUUCACUAAA